AAUGUAAAGCGGAAGCGGCGCCAUUUUCAUCCCACGACGCCACGGUAAUACACAUACUUUUUACAAAAAAUAUAUAUGUCUAUAUUUCCAUACAGGGCCGGGCUUAGGCCACUGCAACCUAUGCGGUCGCAGUGAGCCCCACAUUUUUUUUUCUAAUGCAAAAUCUUAAUGUUCACUUAUUAUCCUUAUCCCUAACCCAGACUGGGCCCCGCGCAAUCCGUUUCGCAUAGGGCCCCGAAACUGUUAGGGCCGCCCUGUUUCCUUCACUUUCAACAGAUGUUAAAAUACUAUUAUGAAUUAUUAUUCACAUCAACAAAACAUAUUUAAUAUGUUUGUAUAAUAUUAUAAAGACACAUGGUGAUGACAUUGCUCAAAGUCGUAAUACGAUAAACGAUCUUGCUGGCUGCCGUCCAUGGUUUGCCCUGUAAAAGUUAUGUGGUGGGGUGGGUCAAUAUACAUCGCUGUUCUUUAUUUCAUAAAUGUAUUUUAUUUUAAUGUCAUGAUUAGAUCUAUGUCUCUUUUGAUAAAAAUUUUUAUGUACAGCGCGUUGAGCCCAGCCCUAGGCUGUCGUACCGCGCUAUAUAAGACGUCUUAUUAUUAUUAUUAUUAUUAAUACAGCGUUGCGGUGUUAAGCUUUAACACCAGAACGAGAUAGACUUCUGAAAGAUUAAGAUUUGCAAAAAACACUAAUAGCAAAGUUUUUCGUAUAAAACCUGUACCAAAUUGGCUAAUUCGGAUCGAUAGAUAGAUACAUAAAAUUUAAUAAAGCAAUAGGGGGUGGGGCUGAAAAGUUGACAAAACAUCCAUUCAAGUAACGUACUUUAUAAGAUUGCAAAUUAGUGCUCUCUCUCUCUCUCUCUUACCCCCGCCCCCCACCCCCCCCCCCACACAUAACCAAAGCUGGCAAGCACACAUUUUUUUUUAAACGCAAUUGAACUUUAAAUAACAUUCUUUAAGUCCCAUCCGCUUGUACACCGCAAUUUAUUUUAUUAACUGUUUCAGAAAAAAAAAAAGAAAGAAAGAAAAUAUUUGGGACAUACGAUUAAAAAAAAAAAAAAAGAAUCUCAUUGGGCGCAGUUAUCGGGAAUUUUGUUUCGUGAAAUCAGAGGCGUCAUAUUUACUUUAUCUUCCCCUUGGAAAACAGGGGAAAAAAAGGGGGGGGGGGUGAUUUUUUGGAGGUUGAUGGGUGGGUCUGAAAAUUUGAAAGAAUGUGUUAUCCCCGGCAACGAGUCUACGUGCCACGUUUCAGCUUGAUAGGUUGACUGGAAGUGGGUCAAUUAACCGUCCGCAGAUUUUGCAGCCACGUACAAAAAAAAAGGUGAAGUUAUUGGAAAGGAUCUGACAAGAUACUUGGUUCAGAAUCUACAUCCGAGUGUGCAGGAUGACGGCAGAUGUUCACCCAGAUUAGAGAGGGAAACGAGUUGAAUAAAUGGCAAGGGCGGGCGCUGUGCUGCAAUGAACACCUUGCCUUGCAGUUAGUCUUGGCGUGUAGCAACAGCACCUCCCAUGGUUGUUUGCCCCUCAGCGAAGACGUCAGAAAAUGAUAUAUUUCAGAGCCAGGGCCAUCGCAUGGGCCCUGCAAUCUCUGCAUAUGUAAAGAGGGAGGGGGAAGGGGCAGGUUUCAAAUUUAGGGAUAGGGAGGGCUUGGGAGUGGGGGAAAGGGGGUGGGGGAAAGGGGUGGGGGAAAGGGGUGGGGGAAAGGGGUGGGGGAAAGAGAUGGGGGAAAAGGGGUGGGUUCGGGUCGUGGAUAAUUUUAUGCGUUCAAAGUCCGAUCGUUGAAAUUCCAGUUAGUAAAUUUUUUAAAAACUACUUAAAAAAAUAUUUUUUUUUUAAAAGACAAGAAAUCUUUGUUUGUUUUGAUCUCCCUUGGUUUAUUUCCAGAUUUCCCAGUGCCAGGCAGUAACGUGACACAGCCGCAAUGCAUCAGGCGUUUGAACACUGCCAUGUCCAUCGAGACGUGCCAAAACCAUCUGACUCGCUGGCCAGCAUGUGCUGGCCCAUCAUCAACCAGGUUUGUGGGGCGCAAAAGGGGGGGGGGGGUCAAGUUUGAAACGACAACAAUCGUAAUUUAGUCCAGAAUCUUUUAAAGUAAAGCUUAUAAAACCAUGUCAUUUUAAUCAACUUAGAAGAUUUCUUGACUUAUACCGUAUACCUUAUGAUGGUAUAUCGAUAAAGGAAGUCAUUCUAGCUGGCCAGCAUGUGCUGGCCAAUCAUCAACCAGGUUUGUGGGGCGCAAAAGGGGGGGGGGGUCAAGUUUGAAACGACAACAAUCGUAAUUUAGUCCAGAAUCUUUUAAAGUAAAGCUUAUAAAACCAUGUCAUUUUAAUCAACUGAGAAGAUUUCUUGACUUAUACCGUAUACCUUAUGAUGGUAUAUCGAUAAAGGAAGUCAUUCUACAAUACUACAAGGUUUUAGACUUUCUCACUCCAAAUAGAGCAUAACCCAUCCACAAUACAUGCACGUUCUCAUCUGUCCCUGUCCUGCGCUAUCUUUGCUAGUUCAGCCCACAGGAGCAUAGGACAUCCGUAGUAUCACUUUUCCAUCUGCCCCUGGGCUAUCUUUGCUUGUUCAUCCCAAUGGAGCCUAGGGCAUCCACUAUACUUUUCAAUCUGUCCCUGUCAUGGGCUAUAAUAUAUCUUUGCUUGUUCACCCCAAUGGAGCAUAGGGCAUCGACUAUACUUUUCCAUCUGUCUCUGUCCUGGACUAUCUUUGCUUGUUCACCUCAAUGGAGUAAGGGCAUCCACUAUACUUUUCCAUCUGUCCCUGUCCUGUGCUAUCUUUGCUUGUUCACCCCAAUGGAGCAUAGGACAUCCACUAAACUUUUCCAUCUGUCCUUGUCCUGGGCUAUCUUUGCUUGUUGACCCCAAUGGAGCAUAGGAAAUCGACUAUACUUUUCCAUAUGUCCCUGUCCUAGGCUAUCUUUGCUAGUUCUGCCUAACUUUUCUUCAUUUUCUUCACCUCUGGCUUCAAUCCCCUCUUUCACAUGGCUCUUUGUCUUCCUCUUUUCUGGCACUUUGAGAAACCUAACUUAGGGCCUGUGUUGUGAUGUCAGUGUUUGGUUUCAAACAAAACAUUUUCGAUCCCACCAAUUAAAUUAAAUAAUCGGUUAUUAGCGCCCAUUAUAGACCAUCAGUGCACCAACGGCCAAGUAUCUGUUAAUGGUGCCCUAUAGACCAGCAGUGCACCCACAACCAAGUAUCUGUUAGUUGUGCCCUGUAUAUAACAUCAGCAAACCCACAACCAAGUAUCUGUUAGUGAUGCCUUGUAUAUAACAUCAGUGCACCCACAGCCAACUAUCCAUUAAUGGUGCCCUAUAUAGACCAUCAGUGCACCCACAGACAGCAAUCCAAUAAUGGUGCCCUAUAUAGACCAGCAGUGCACCCACAGCCAACUAUCUACUAGUGGUGACUUAUAAUAGACCAUCAGUGCACCCACAGCCAGCUAUCCAUUAAUGGUGGCCUAUAUAGACCAUCAGUGCACCCACAGCCAGCUAUCCAUUAAUGGUGCCCUAUAUAGACCAUCAGUGCACCCACAGCCAGCUAUCCAUUAAUGGUGCCCUAUAUAGAUCAUCAUUGCACCCACAGCCAGCUAUCCAUUAAUGGUGCCCUAUAUAGACCAUCAGUGCACCCACAGCCAGCUAUCCAUUAAUGGUGCCCUAUAUAGACCAACAGUGCACCCACAACCAACUAUCCAUUAAUGGUGCCCUAUAUAGACCAUCAGUGAACCCACAGCCAACUAUCUGCUAGUGGUGACCUAUAAUAGACCACCAGUGCACCCAUGGCCAUGUUCACAACGACCAUACACGAUGAUUAAGGAGGUCUUUGUUGAUUGCGACCAAUAACGUCAGUCGAAAUCGACAAAUACCAUUGCCCCUUAAUCUACGACAGCUUAAAAUAAAGCCAACAAAAGUAAAAAAAAAUAAAGUUAACUUUUGAUAAGGGUCACUUCAAUGACAUUCAACAAUUCUCAACAACGAAACAAAUGGCCAUGAAGCUUCGAAAUGUUGAACACCUGUCUAACACAUCCACCAUAUCCACCCAUUUUCCAAUUUAAGCAUCAGCCACCUGUUUCAUGACGGUAAUCGUAUUAUUAUAUUUCAAUAACAAUUUUUGCAUACCAACCUUGUGUCGAUGAAAACAUUGUGAUCCCCCAGCAAAGACCACUGACUGUCCUAGAAAAGGCUACGCUAUCGAGAGCGCCACCGAGGCAGGAUGUCAGCUGGCCAGUGUCCGAACCAUGGCGUAGGAAUCUAGGCCAGCCUCGUUGUGCCGGUAAGGAUAACGGUCACAUUUUUGUCAUUAACCUUUACAAAAAAAACGGCCAUUUAAAGCAAUGACCCAACUGAGCACAUAAAGCACAUUGCAAAGACAGGGGAGAUAAAUUGAUCGCAAUGUGCUAAUUAAGUGCUACUUAUGUUUUUCCUAAGUGUGAUAAUUGUUGCAACAAUACAGUGCUCUCCCUUCAAGGAGGCUCUUGCCCCGAAGGAGGAUUCGGCCUGUUGCUCUAAGGAGACUUUGGUCUAUUGCCCCAAGGAGGCUCUGGACUGUUGCCCCAAUGAGACUUUGGCCUGUUGCCCCAAGGAGGCUCCGGACUGUUGCCCCAAUGAGACUUUGGCCUAUUGCCCCAAGGAGGCUCUGGACUGUUGCCCCAAUGAGACUUUGGCCUAUUGCCCCAAGGAGGCUCUGGACUGUUGCCCCAAUGAGACUUUGGCCUAUUGCCCCAAGGAGGCUCUGGACUGUUGCCCCAAUGAGACUUUGGCCUAUUGCCCCAAGGAGGCUCUGGACUGUUGCCCCAAUGAGACUUUGGCCUAUUGCCCCAAGGAGGCUCCGGACUGUUGCCCCAAUGAGACUUUUGGCCUAUUGCCCCAAGGAGGCUCUGGACUGUUGCCCCAAUGAGACUUUGGCCUAUUGCCCCAAGGAGGCUCCGGACUGUUGCCCCAAUGAGACUUUUGGCCUAUUGCCCCAAGGAGGCUUUUUACACUUCGUCGUCUCUGUUAAAUAAGUUAAGUCAUUUUUUACUCUUUAAAAUGGUUAAAAUGUGAUCAAUCUCAAAGCCGAACUUUCUUUAUUCAGGUCAAGGACGUUGUCAAGGAGAUCCCGAACGCUGCAACUCCAAGUAUCGAUAUGGCGUCGACGAUGUAGGACCUUGUCCAUCUGAGGAGUCCUGCAAGAAAUCCUACUGCUGUGCCCCAUGCCCGCCAGAGUGCCCAAAUCCUUGCCCGCAGAACCCCGGAUGUAACAGGCAAGCACGCGCGCGGAAGCAGAAAUGUGUUUUUCCAGUGUCUUCAAACGCCGACAGGAUUGAUCUAUAUCAUCCUAUUCAGGCACGUGAUCCGAGGUUAGCUGAGGUCACAUCAUAACCUUGACCUCCGCUAAGGGUUGUUCCUUCCCGGUCAAAUUAUAUAUUCACUUAAAAAAAUAACAAGCAUGUCCAGGUCCAGUGGUUCUCAAGCAGUUACCCAUUUAGAUAUAGAGUGGAAAUGUCACAUUCCUUGGAUAGUGAAUGUGUGUGUGUGCGUUCAAAGGGGGUUGGGAUGGGAGUGUAGCACACCUCAUGCAACGGCUACCAAGAGUAUGCCAAUGGCAUGCUGUCAAUCCCCCAAAAUGACAUUAACUCAUAAAACAUAAAAUUAACUCCAAAACAUGACAUAAUAUUAAUGUCAUUAUAUUAAGCCCCAAAACAUGUCAUUGACUCAUAACACAUGACAUGAACUUCAAAGCAUGGCAUUAAGCCCGAAACGCGUUCACAAAAGCCUGGAGCUCAUAAUCGAGCUCAUUACCAGGACGAAUUAGGAAACCCCAGCACCCCCCCCCCCUUUUUUUUUUCCUCCACCGCUACAACCCGGAAAUACACCAAAGAACAAAACACACAAGAAAAAAAAAAACAACUUUUUAAAAAAAAUCUGUUAUUUAUUGUAGCGCUCAGGAAAAAUGGUUGGAUUCACUAAGCAUCAGGGUUGGGGUCACUCAGCUUCAGGGUUGGGUUUCUGUUAAAAAAAUCAGCGUUAGCAAAGUUGCCCUUCACUUGUGUAGACGCAUCUUCUUGGAAGCGUCCUGACAACCACUGGUAGAGUAUGGGCCCCUGUCAUAGUAAUACGUUAAUGCCACGUUCGUGUUGACAUUUAGCAACCCCCCCCCUGUCGCAACACUACGUCAGCCUCAUUCUGGCCCCCUGUCUUGCAGGUUAACGACAAGAUGCUUUGAAUGGCCCACCCCCCGCAGAGAUCUGUGUCCCCCGGUCGAUGCCAACACGGACUUGAGGGGGAAGAGGGCGAACCUCAACGACCAAUCCCAGCAGCCCGAGAGAUGUCCCACGUGUAAACGGAUUGUGGUGGAUAUGGAGUGCGGUCCCCUUGGCUACAACUAUUAGCUUGAGAAUGUACAUUUUUUUUUUUAAAAUUAAUUUUAUUAUUAUAAUUUUUUUUUUUUUUUAGAAUUAUACGCCCCUACAUAAUAAGCUUUUCCAGUCAAUGUAAGGGAAAUAAUCUCUCUAUAAAUGUGGUUUUAUAGUCUUUCUGUGCAUCCAGGCUUUCUUGGUCCAUUUAAAGAAUUUCGUUUACCGAGUUUGUUCCUGUGAACAUGAUUGGGCCCUGUAGAUGGGAUAGAUUUAUGAAAUAAAUAGAAACAUAUAUAAAAAAAAAAAAGUUGGAUCUAAGCACUGAAAGAACCAUCACGAAAAUAAAAAUGUGUUUAAACAUAA